CAUAUGUCAAAUAAGUAGUGGAUUGGAUGUUUUCAUUCAUGUUGUUCUAUUUCUUUGUUUUGUAAUUGAAUUGUAUAUUGUUAAAUCAGUGUGACUCAUACGGGAACAGAUGUGAACUAAGUUAUCACACUACUUAAACGUUUAAAUUAAGGCAUGUUUCGUGUUCAAUACGGUUUUAACAAGCCUUAAAUAACUAAUCAUGUCUUCAUCCAUAGAAGAAAGUCCGAUUAUCAAUUCGGACAUCGAAAAUGAUGUCACGAAUGACCAAAGGAACUUGGUGGAAAGCGAUAGAGAAGAGGAGACUACAGGAUGGAUCAAAAGCCGUACAGUCCUUGGUAUUAUGGGCUUCCUCGGGUUUGCCAAUGUGUAUGCGAUGAGGGUGAACCUGUCAGUGGCUAUAGUAGCCAUGAUCAACUCCACGGCUCCACUGCCAUCCAAUGACUCCACCCUGGAUGUCUGUCCUGCGUCAGCACCCAGUAAUACUUCCAUACCAGCUAAACCUGGUGAAUUCAAUUGGAGUGCUGAACAGCAGAGUAUUAUUUUAGGAUCAUUCUUCUACGGAUAUGUUUUAACUCAGGUCCCAGGUGGCAGAAUAGCAGAGAUAUUUGGAGGCAAGCUAGUGUAUGGCAUAGGGGUGUUACUCACAGCCAUCUUCACAAUCCUGAGUCCGAUUGCUGCAUACACUGACUUCAAGUUCUUCAUAGCGGUGCGAGCCCUGGAGGGCCUGGGCGAGGGAGUGACGUACCCCGCCAUGCACGCCAUGUUGGCUCGGUGGAUACCGCCUAAUGAACGCUCCAAAUUUGCUGCUUAUGUCUAUGCUGGUUCUAACAUAGGAACAGUGGUAUCCCUCCCAAUAUCUGGAUGGCUAUGUACACUGGAUUGGGGUGGCGGAUGGCCUCUUUGCUUCUACCUCUUUGGAGGUCUUGGUGUCCUGUGGUUCAUAGCGUGGAUGUUCCUUGUCUAUGACACGCCACAGUGCCAUCCGAGGAUCUGCCCCAAAGAGGUUGAAUACAUCAAUUGGACUAUUGGACCGCAGGAGGACAAACACAACGGCUCCAUACCCUGGCUGAAGUUCCUGACAUGUGUCCCUCUGUGGGCGAUUCUCAUAGCGCAGUGCGGGCAGGCCUGGCUCUUCUACACGCAGCUCACAGAAUUGCCCACCUACAUGAGCAAUAUACUGCACUUUGAUAUCGUAUCUAACGCGUGGCUGUCAGCCCUGCCGUACCUGACGGCGUGGAUCGGGGGCAUCCUCAUCAGCACAUUCGCGGACUCGCUGCUGGCUCGCGGGUACAUCUCGCGGCUCACCAGCAUGAAGCUGUGGAACACUGUCGCGGCGUUCAUCCCAGCGUUCGGUCUGCUGGGCAUCGCGUGGGCGGGCUGCGACCGCGUCGCCGUCACCACGCUGCUCAGCGUGACGGCCGCCUUCGGGGGCGCCGUGUAUGCUGGCAACCAGAUGAACCACAUCGACCUGUCGCCGCAGUUCGCGGGCACCAUGUACGGCAUCACCAACGCCACCAGCAACAUCUGCGGCUUCCUCGCGCCCUACGUCAUCGGACGGAUCAUUAGCAGCGAACAGCAAACCCUGGGCCAAUGGCGGGAGGUGUUCUACCUGGCCGCAGCCGUAGACCUCGGGGCCAAUCUCUUCUACCUAUUCUUCGCGAGCACGGAGGAGCAGGACUGGUCCAAGUCAGACGACGACAUGACCGCGUCGGCUCCCGUCGAGAGCAUCAUGUUCCCGGAGUCCUAGUUGUAAACUGUGAAUAAAUAUAAACUAUGCCACGGCUAAAGGCGUGGUCCCAUUGGUGCGUGGUGUCGACGCUGCUGAAUAUCUUUGUAUGACAGUUUAGGGGACGACGCAAUGUACUAAUGGGGUCUCAUAUUAAUGUGGGUAACGUCAGGUGCUUUUAAGACUGCUGAAAUGAGGGUGAGAAUUUUGAUACGAAAAUUGACAGAUGCUUCUGUCUCCCUCUUGGGUGUUAUCGGAAGAUGGGAUGAAUAUAUUUUUGUAGUGUAUGUUUUGUGGGAAAUUUUGAUGGUGAAGGAAUGUGAUAUUUUAGUGGAAGGUGUAAAGUGAAAAGGUUUGUAAAUGGAACUUCAUUGUUAGAACUGUUUCUAUGAUAAAAUGUGUAAUAAUAUUAAUUAGUAUUUAUACAUAGCCAAAGAUACCAUGUCCAAACUGAGCAGCACCACAUAAAAGACAA